GUUCGCGGGAGCAGACGAGACCUACACGAUCGAAGCCCUGAUGCAGAACGGCUGGGCGUUGCAGAGCGGGACGAGCCACUUCCUCGGCCAGAACUUCGCGAGAGCCUUCGAGGUCUACUACCAGACCCCCGACGAGAAGCGAGAGCUGGUUUGGGCGACUUCUUGGGGGGUGACAACGCGUUUGAUGGGUGCGAUGGUGAUGACACACUCCGAUGACUUCGGCCUCAGGCUGCCUCCUGCCGUCGCGCCAAAGCAGGUGGUGAUCGUGCCCAUCACCAAGGGUCCCGGCGAGGACACCGACCUCGUCAACAAGGCAGUGGACGGCGUCGUCGAUCAGCUCAAGGCCGCCGGCGUUCGUGUCAAGGUGGACGAACGGCCCAACAUGCGGCCUGGCGCGAAAUACUUCCAGUGGGAAGCCAAGGGGGUGCCGUUGCCAGUGGAGCUGGGACCAAAAAACCCUAAAGCUGGGGUGGCCAUUGUCCUCAAAAAGAAGGGAGGCGACAAAGUUUCCAUUCCGACCGACGAGAAUUUCGUGUCUUGCAUCGAGCGACAGCUUGAUGUGGUGAACGAUACCUUGUGGGAGGAGGCACAGGACAAUCUCGCUAAGGGGACGAUUCCGGUGUCGUCGUACGCGGAGAUGAAGGCCCACAUCGAAAGCGGGGACCCCGCAAGAAACGGGCAUGUACCUGGCCGCGUGGGCUUGCAAUACGGAAAACGAGGACUUCAUCCAGCAAGACUCCAAGGCUACCCUUAGGUGCUACCCGUUGAAGCUUAACGAGGAAGGCAUGUGGGAAGGCAAGGAGUGCUUCUAUUCCGGCAAGAAGGCGACCCACAUGGCCAUCUUCGCGAGGGCCUUCUGAGCCGGAAAAAAACCCUCGGGUUUCAUUUAGCCUUCUUAGCCGGAAUAAACCACGGGGAAGGACGGCCGCCUGAGGGCGUAAUAAGGCGGCACCUGCGCCGAGGAGAGAUAAUGAGGAGAGGCGUUUUUGUUCUGUGGAUGAAGGCUCCCGCCGCGGGACAACUAGGGAACUGGAAAGGCGAGAAAUGUUAAAUGGGGACGAAAAUGUGGUGGAUGCGAGACGGGUUUUUUCGGUCCUCUUCUUGACCGGUCCAACCUUUCGCAUCGAUCGGCUAAGAUGGGUAUUUUGGAAGUUGCCCAUCCUGCCGUGGGUUGCAGCUUUGCUUUUCCGCGUAAGCGUGCCAAUUAUUCUCUGUGACGACUGAUUGCACCCAGCAGGGGCUUCGUUGUUGAUGAGACCCUGCUCGACUGACGAGCUGGCUGCUUUGGUCGACCCCGGCUAAGUGUUUUUUUACGAGGAGUUGUGUGUCAACACCUCUUCAGAUUUGCUAAUUGUUUUUUAAAAAUACGAAGUACUUUUUUUUUAUGUUUUUUUUCCCGUGCGUGAUGGCGGCGUGGCAUGAGAAGCUGGGAUAUUUUUAACUCGUUUUUGACGCGGAAGAAGAACCAGUGCCGUCACGAUGACGAGAGCGCCCGCCAAUCUCCUAAAUAGCGUGCAUGGCACACCAACGGAAGCGAUUGUGCGUACGUACGUACGUCGGCUGUGUUGGCAAUCAAUACCGAUAGUAUCAUGCCGAGGAGGGAAUGGGAUUGUGGUGAAGAAAUGACGUUGUUCCUUCCGGG